AACUUGAUUGUUCAUUCAUGAUUGGCGUUUGGCGGUACCGGUGAUAGCAGGCACGUUUUAUUAAAUAAUUAACAAUUUCUCAGUAUUAUAUUUUGUGAAAUAUACUUAUAUCUAUCUAUCCAUACACGAUGCCAAGAACAAGAAACAAAGUAAUUAAAACAGUGUACAAAGAUGACAAUGAAAGUGGACAAGAGGAAGAUGGACACGAUUUCAGUGAUUCAGGCUCCGAAGCGGAGAUACCUGACUACCCAAGCUCAGACGAGGAAGAAGAGUGUGGGGUAUCCUCAGACGAAGACUUCAAGAGUACAAAAAACAACAAGAAAUCGAGUCGUCCUUCAACUGUCAAGAAAGUAAACAGAACGAAUUUUACAAAAUCUUUUAUGACCAAAAUAAAUAAACAAAUGGACAGUGAGGAAAGCUCGGAUAUAGCGCCAGUGUUGUUUUCUGUCAAAAAUUUAACAGACGCCGAUAAGCUCUUACCUUCCAUUUUAAAUCUUUCUGAAAGUGAUAGCAGUGAUGAUGAGACUCCUGUUACAACUACAAAGAAACCGCUACCAAAUUUUGUGCCAGAAUCAAAGUCUGUUGAUUCAGAAACUGAGACAGAAUCAAAAAAUGAGUAUAAAGAUGUGUGGUCAAAUAUUAUUCAAGAUGAGAGUGAAGAAGUUGCCAAAAGAACUUUCUUGGAACUGGAACAGGCCAAAAGUAAAAUGGAAGAAACAAAAAUAUCCAUUCAGAAUUAUAGUGUCAAAAUGAAUGCACAUUCUGAUUGUGAUGUAAAAGAUUUGUUGGCUCUUGGAGAGGAGGAAAUACCACAACCAAGUUCUUCAAACACUUGUAAGAAAAGAAAACCAAAAAUUGUUAAUGAUGAUAGUGAAUCAGAAAUGGAAGAUUGGGAAGAAGUGAAAGAGGCUAAAGGUAUACCACAACAAGGACUACAACUCAUAGUUGACGUUCCCAAUGCUGUUUGUAGAAAAACUAAAAAAUUAGAUGUUGAGAUGAUGAUGAAAAGAAAAAUCAACAGGGUGAAAAAAGAAUAUCAAGUGUACAUGCAUAAAGUUCAUGUCUUAUGUUGGCUAGCUCACGGAAAUUACAUAAGUAGAGUUUUGAAUGAUCAAACUAUUAUGGCAGCUGCAUUAUCUUUAGUUCCAUCUAAAGAAUGUUAUCCUGGAGAAAGAGUGGAUAUGAAGUAUGUUGAACAAAUAACCACUUGGUAUAAAGACAAAGUGACAUUAAAACAGGAUAAACAUGAAAAUAAGUUCAGACCAAAAGCAUUACCUUUAAAAGAAAUUUUACAACAACAGAUAAAAAGCAGAAUUUUCACUACAAAAAAGUAUAUAGUGUUUGUGUUUGUAUCCAUGUUAAGGAGCCUUGGUUUGCAGUGCAGAGUUAUGUUUAAUUUUGUUACUGUGCCAAUUAAACCUCUUAGUUCUGAAUUAUGUUCAUUAUCUACCAAAACGAACGAUACUAAAAAUGAAAUUAAAAAAGAAAAUAAGCAGACGGAAAAAACAAAGAAGGCACCUUCCAGCAGAUCAAUAAAAGAAAGCAAAGAAAAAAUAGCGCAACUAGAUGGCAAUUGGGAUAUGAGUUGUUCCAGUGAUAGUGAUAACAUUAUGCAGGUAGAUGGCAGUGAUGAUAAACUGAUAAAUAAUAGAAGACAAAAAAAUACACAAAAUUUAAAAAAACACACGAGUAGUGAUACAAAUAUAGAUCUGGGUAGUGUUUCACCACCAAAAAGAGCAAGACGGGAUUGUACUACUCGCAAAGAACCAGAAAAAAUUAAUGAUAACACUAAUAAAACUGAUAGCAAUAAGCAAAGUAAAGUUGAAGCAGGUAAAUCUCGAAAAUCGUUGUCAUUAAAUCGCCUUGAAACUAAAGGUAAUGUUAUUCAGUCUGAAUUAAAAGAUAAGGCAACUAGCAAAAGUGUUGAAAAUCUUGUAGAACAAGUUAAAAUACCGCGAAGAACCAGAAGCAGCAAACCUUCAGCCAAUGCGACUUUACCUAAACCAGAAAUUCCAGUAAAAGAAAACAAAAAUAGAUCUGUGUUAAAGAAGGAGUCUGAAAAAGUACCUAAAAUAAUAGUAACAAAUGAAAAUGAUAGUGUUGCUAGCAAAUAUUUUGAAAAUGAUGACUUGACUUCUAGUAAAACAUCAAUAAGCAGAAAACGUUCUAAAACAUCAGAACCGAUUGAAUCUCGAAGCCAAAAAGAAAAUGAAACCAAAAAACGAGUACGGGCAAAAAGUGCGCAAAAUAACACUGAGAACAAAUAUUUUACUAGUAAUAUUGAAAAACCAGGAGCAAAAACUAGAAGUAAUAAAAGGCAGGUCGAAGAUCCAUCCGAAGAUAGCAAAAGGAUUAGUCAUAAAGAUUUACAAAAACCAGCAAAACAGAAAAAUGAUGUUAAAAAAGACCUUAUAAAUAUUAUUAAAGGGAGAGUUAAGGAAGCAAAAGCUGAUGCCAAAAAGUUAUUGGUAAAAGAGAAAAUAAAAAAGGAAUCUGAUGAAGAUAGUGAUUAUUUGCCAGUACUGUCGCCAAAAGAUAAAAUGUCAGAGAGCGAUGACGAUUUUAAACCCAGUAAAAUUAGUCCAAAAUCAAGAAUUAAAACUGUUAAAAAAGUGGAUCGCCGUGUUUUGUCAACAGAUGACGAAUCACAGAACAAUCUUAAUAAAAUUGAUGUCUGGUGUGAAGUAUAUAUAGAAGAACUGGAAGAAUGGAUAGCUGUAGAUGUCAUUAAAGGCAGCGUGCAUUGCAUCAAUGAAAUUUAUGGUCGUGCUACUCAUCCAGUGAACUAUGCCGUUGGCUGGGAUAACAAUAAUUACUUAAAAGAUCUGACUCGAAAAUAUGUGCCGCACUGGAAUACUGUCACUCGUAAACAACGCGUAGAACCUCUUUGGUGGGAUGACGCCAUUAAACCGUGGCUGGGACCAAAAACUGCAAGAGAUAGAGAGGAAGAUGAGCGUUUAGACAGAAUGCAGCUUGAAGCUCCUUUGCCUAAAGUUAUAGGAGAAUACAAAAACCACCCGCUGUACGCGUUAAAGCGCCACUUGCUCAAGUUCGAAGCGAUCUACCCGCCCGACGCGCCCACGCUCGGCUUCGUGCGCGGCGAGGCGGUGUACGCGCGCGGCUGCGUGUACGUUUGCCGCUCGCGCGACACGUGGCUCAAGGAAGCCAAGGUGGUCAAACUUGGUGAAGAACCCUACAAAGUGGUCAAAGCACGUCCCAAGUGGGAUAAGCUUUCCAACAAACUAAUAACGGAUAAACCACUGGAGGUGUUUGGGCCGUGGCAAGUCCAGGACUACGAGCCACCGGUAGCGGAGAACGGCAUAGUGCCACGAAAUGCGUAUGGCAACGUGGAGCUGUUCAAGGACUGCAUGUUACCUAAAGGAACUGUUCAUUUGAAAUUUCCGGGCUUGAACCGUGUAGCAAAGAAGUUGAACAUAGACUGCGCUCCAGCCAUGACCGGAUUCGAAUUCAACGGGGGCUGGUCCCAUCCUGUCUACGAAGGAUUUGUUGUAUGCAAGGAGUAUGAAGAAAUUAUCACAGAGGCGUGGAUAAAGGACCAAGAGGAUCAAGAGCGUAAAGAACAAGAGAAAACUGAGGCGCGAGUGUAUGGUAACUGGAGGAGACUCAUACGUGGUCUUCUCAUUAAGGAAAGACUCAAGGCUAAGUACGGCUUUGAGGAACCCAGUACAUCACAGGAUAAAAAGAAAAAAGGUCCUCGACUUGUUGUUAAAAAAACAUAAAUGAAACAAACAAAUUUUCUGAAAAAAGAAUUUUUGUCUUCAUGCGAUGUUUAUGGGUCUAAUAUCAAUUUACAUUGCAGCGGAAUGGAACAAAAGCGAGUUUUUUGAACAAAGCAUAGUGAACUUUUCGAGUCAAUUGUAUAACAAUAAAACUACAUAACAUCCGGGAAAUACUCGCAUAUUCUCGAGAAUACUCGACGAAUUCGGACUCCUCUCGAGAAUACUAAUCCGCGGAAAGCAACUCGAAGGGACUCGGUCGGUCGGUAUUACGGUGUCAAGCUUUUACGAAAUUCUCGAGCAUUCCCGAAAAUUUGUCCGCUUUCUCGCGAAUUCAUGCGCCUUCUCGUGCAAUAAAGUGGAAUUGACGUUUCCGCUUCACUCCAUUCUAGGGUUGCCAACAUUUUUUCCGAAAAAUAUAGUAUUUUUCAAAUUAAUAAAUAGUAUUUUAUGGAAGAAGCCAAAAAAUCGUCAUUUAUUUAAAAACAACAAUAUGAAUUCACUCUUUUUAUUGCAUUUUUCAAGAUUUAUUUGUCUGAAAUAAGAGUGACAUAUUAUGCUUUUUCACAUGAUUUUUUUUUUUUGAUAACCAAAAGCAUUUUUUUGUCUAAUUGAUUAGUUUAAUGUUUGGAACUCAGUAAGAUAGACAAGUUCGGAUAGGCUAGACACUUGUAUCAGUCAAAAACUAACGUUAAUAAACUUAAAAUUAAUAUUUUAUUUGUUAGAUUUCUGUGUUGAAAAUACAUACUCUAUUAUUGCGUACUAUAUCAACUUAUAUCUUCAACAGUAUAUAGUACGCAGACCCGAAAUAUAGUACAAUACUAUAUAUUAUUAUACUACGGUUGGCAACCCUACUCCAUCUGUAAAUUGACCCCAAGAAGAAUCCUAUGUAUCAAAUACUUUGGUUUUCCUCAUUUCUAAUAAUAUCUAGUUGUAAGAUAGUGAUAACCAUCUAAUAAUGCCUACCUCAUUUCUAUUAUUGUUUGUAUGUGUUACGUAUCAAGUAAUUAAAUGACAUUAAUUGCUUAUUAAAUUGUUAUUAUAGUAGGGGAGCCAAAGAGGGGAUUUUUGCAGUUACUCGAGCGCGGCAGAUGAACAUAAUAGAGUAUACCUUGCACGUUGUUCAGUACCUCCACCAAGUAUGACCCCUUAAUAUUGGUGGGUACGUUUAGGGCAACCAAAAAACAACUAACUUCAGAAAUACUCAACCAGCACGUCAGAUUAAGAUAAGGUAGGUGAGUUGAUAGCUAAAAGGUGUGCAAUUCGAAAAUCUGACGGUUUGACCGUAACAUAAAGGAAUGGGAGGGUUCUAAAGUUACAAAAUAAAACCCUUGUAUUCUUUCUAUCAUCUAAUCUACCAAAUCUAAUCGAUUCCAAUGACGCUUUAGUAACUGCAAAUUUAGCAUCGCGGCUCCCCUACUAUUAAUGUUUAUUUCAGGAAUACUGUCAAUUAGAAAAUAGAUUUACAUAAUAGUCUAGAAUAUAGAAAUACCAUAACCCCUAAUGCCGCCUAUCUUGGAGUACCUUAUUAUUACAAUUAAAAGUGUUUUACUGUUACUUUUUGCAUGUAGUUAUUAUGUUUAGGAUUUAAGAUAACAUAACGACUAAGUACCUACUAAUCUAAAUUUAUUAUAACUUUACUUUCCUGUUUAAUUUGUUUUGUUAAAUUUUGUUGAGGCCAUGACUACCUAGGAAUUAUUAUCCAUUAUGGAAAUUUUGGUUUUGAGUUCUUCGUAGUAUUUAGCUGCCAGUGAUGUUAUUCAGUUAAUACUGUAAAACAUAUAGUUUAAAAUGAGGAAGAGUCUUGGUAAUAAUUUUGCAUGUUUACUUGAUAUAUUAAUUUUGUGAUCUAUCUAUUGACCUCUUAUAAUAAAAGGACGCACAAUCAUGUAGAAAAUUUCACUUAGAAACAGGCCAAUUUCGCUUUGACAGUUUUAGAAUUUUGGUUAAAGAAAAUUAUACCUGAAGGCCUUUAAAUAUAGUCCAAUAUUCAAUAAAAUCCCAAAUUCAGAGCAAAUUCAACCUUAGGGAUGGAGUUUAGGGUUGAAUUUGUAAAUGCGACUACUUAAAUUGAGUGCCAAGAAGUUGUGUUUGGCACUCAUUGAGUGGGGACGUUUUUUGGUUGCUGAUUGUGCAUCCACUUUUUAAUAGGAGAUCGAUGGAUCUGUCCAAAUAUGCUGCCAUAGUAUACAAUUAAGUGUGGUUUUUAAGUGGAUAAGUAUUAUCAGCAAAGCUUAUAAAUUCCGUAAUAAAAAUAUACAAUUAUGGAUAAAUUAACUACUUAGUAUUACAAUGUGAUUUUAUACGAAAUUAUGUCAGUGAUGCAAAUUGAAUUUCUAUUUUGUUAUUGUUUUGAACUAUUUUGUUUGGAAUUUGAAUUGGUUUGUGAAUAAAAAUGUUUACUUUUUCUAAUAUUAUUUCUCUAUCUUGUUAGACUUGUUGUUAGUUUUACUGUCUCGCUCAAUUUUUGAUUUAUUUGCUUAGGUUCCAGAGAAAGGGCACAUAGUUCAGUGAGAGUGGGUUCUUAUAAAUAAGUAAAUAAAAGAAUAUUGUUUUACGUAUUUAUUUAUUAAAAGUGAGAAUAAUAUAACGAUAGGUUUGCAAUAUCAUGCAAUAAGCUGCUUUAUGUGAGAUACUAUUUUAUAUGCAUAAUAUAUUGCAAAAGCCGCCAAGCGAUUAAAUAUUAAAUCUAGCACAGCUAAUAGCUGUUUGAAGUAUUAAAUGUAUUAAAAUGAUAUAAUGACAAUAGUAUGUACAAAAAUCGUUGGUGUAUCUAGUUUAAUAGACAAUAAUAUGUAUAAUGAUCGCUUCAGAUCUUUAAAGCAAGAUCUGGUCGGUCGAAACGAUUGCAAUACGCAAUCUUUGCCGCGUUUACAGGAUAGUUUUACCUCCAUAUCAAAAAAGUGAUAUUCUGAAGGUACAAUCACAAUGCCAUUUAACAAAGAUGUUUUUUUUUUUUAAUUUUUUUUAUAUUUAUUUAUUUAAAUAAAUUAGGUAUUUAAAUACUUUA